AUGGGAGACGCGAAGCAGACACUGGCUCGUGUCACGAGCUGGUUGGGUUUUGCCUGUGGCGUGCUGUCUAUUAUUGUGUUCUUCUUUCUGAUGCCUGCCGUAUCUCCCCGCGUGGUUGUGUAUGAGGACAGUUUCACCAAGGACUAUAACCGUGACUCCUGGCGUAUAGCUAUGUUCUCGUUUAUUCCCGAUGUGUUCGUCGACAUAUGGACCCCUUUUGUGAUGGGCAUGGUUUCCAUUUUCUGCCACUUUGGGGAGUUCAAUUUGGGCUGGAUGUGCAAGAGCUACGCCCACUUCUUUGUCUGGAAUUUCGUGUUGGCUCUCUUUGGCCAAAUUGGCUACUCCGGCGUCGUCGGCAUCAUCGCCAGCGCCUUCACCUUCCUGUGCACCCUCCUGAGUCUCAUUUGUGCCUUCCUUGUCCCGGACCAGAGCGCCAAGCUGCAACUCACCACCCAGAAGUGA